GUCAUCUACUCGAGCUUUUGACGUUUUUUUAUGUGGUUGUAAACCUCAAAUCAUAAUCAAUCUCAAAAAAGGAGCAUGUCUGCUAUUGCCCCGAAGAGGGCAUAUCUUUCUCUUUCCGAGUUCAAACGCGCUGUGCGGGGGCUCGGGUUCACGCGAGCAAGCGAGUUGAGGACGUGGCUGACUUCCUCUCAGAGGCCGGCUUGCAUGCCGAAGUACCCGCAAUACUCGUACAGGAAUGACGGUUGGAUUUCUUACCUAGACUCGAUAGGUCACGAACCGCGCAGUCGCCGAACGAAGCUUAGCCCGGAAGCACUUUGUAGCGCACUGAGAGAGGCCCGUGAACAGGACUUGUGGGACAAGAGGUCGGCUAAGGUCAAGCUAGCUGAGGUCGCCAUUGCGUGGGCAGAGCGACUACUUGGAGAGCUUGGUUAUGAGACGCAAAGACUGCCACCGCGUCUCCAGGGGAGCUUACUGUUGAGGCGAAAGACGCAGCAAAGCGGGUGCAACGAACGGCAACCGGGAGAAGAGGAAGAUCCGGAACGGGGAUGGCGAGCACUGCAAGUGCGCUGUAGCACCUAUUCUUCGGUGAACGCGCGAACGGUUGGGCUAUCGCAGAACCAAGUGUGUAACAACGUUGGCAUUCUAGUCGUAAAUCACGUUGCGAAAGAGGCUCGUGUGCUUCACCUGGACUCUGUGAAGCUGCGGAAAGCGACGUCAGUGGCGCGUGUUCGGUACUGCUUCACGAUACGAUCGCUCAGGAGUAUCAGUACCGAGGAGGGCCGCAUGGGAUUUCUCGAAGAGUUGCAAGGCGUUUUAGCGCGCGUCGAGCCCUUGUCGAGAAGUUCGUGGUUGGAACAGUUACCUGGGAGCCCGGCAGCUAUGCAGUGGCAAAAGUUGUACACUCAACUUAUGGAAAGGGUCGUUCUGCCAUCCGGUUUUCAAGAUUUACGAUGUUUGAGUUUUGUCAGCACGUACGAUUUUCUCAUCGCAGGACGCAAAUGCAUAAUGCACUCUGGGACGAUCUCGCCGAAGGAUGGAAAUAACUCACGGAUCGGGUUCAAACGAACUCGCAAACUCAAUGGACAGGCGACACUUCUUCGCCUAGGCCAUGUGGAGGAGCUAGAUUUCUUGUUUGCUGCUUUGUACGAUGAGCAAAUAACUCUGGUCGGACUGUUCGUUUUUCCGAAAUGCUAUCUUGUCAAGUGGGGCAUAUGUGCCCAGGACUUCUCUGGUGGGCAAACUAGUAUGACCUUAUAUCCGUCCGGAUGGAUCCCGAGUAUGCAUCGACAGGCGAAGCGGGAGCAAGCACGGGAGCAAAAGCAGUUUUACAUCGACUUGAGCAUGUUAGGCAAUGACGAAAAUGCAAAUCCCCCUUCUACUGUGCUCGAAAAGUUUCGAAGUCUGAUACUUGCAGAUUACAACGAUAAGACCGACAAAACCACAGAUGUUGAGGUAGGUAAUGACGAAAGCGAAAGCGAAGGUUUGACCGGAACAAAGGGUAAUGAGUCACUGAGCUAGCAAGAACAAUAAUGUAUCGCUCUCGAAAAUGAGUCGAUGGGAC